GUGAUUGUUAACUUGGAUAGAACCGAUUGGUCUUUUUGUCAUUCACCGAACCUCGUUCGUUUCUUUUUGUCAUUCACCGAACCUCGUUCGUCUUGCGUCUUUCCUCUGGUAGUUUAGGUCAUGCAUGGCGCAAUACUAUCAACAUCUUAACCACGCACUACCUACGGUACGGUACGUAACAGUUCCAAAUACUGUACAGCGACCGAACACCAGUCAUUGACUGCGAUGGGAUCAACCCUACCGGUAGAUUAAAACCUUUCUCCUUUUUGGAAAAAGCUACAAAUCAACACAUACCUGGUGGCAGCAACUACAUAGAAACCCAAAGAUUCGGAAAAGAAAUACAUUUCGUAGCUAAACGAUGGGAUCAUUAGUCGAAGCAACGAAGUUCAACGGCUUGGAUAUCGAUGAUGAGGGCGAUGACGGUUUUGGUAAUGAGCAAAUUCAGACCUUAAAAAAGUCAUCAUCAGAGCCCAAAAGCAUGCCCUUAGUCAUUGGCUUGCGCGGUAAAAAUGGUGUCUGCGUUGACCGGAAGGAUGAAAGCCGGAAUUCUAUUGAUCGAAAUCUGAGUGAUAGAUCCACGCGCAGUAUAUAUAACCCGCUCCACGAUAGCAUCAACAGCGGCCUUCCGAUUCGAUUAGCCAACGAAGAGAGCAGCAUCGAGAUACCAAUGUGUGUUCCCGAAACAAACAAGGGAGAGAAGAAGAAUAGAAACCCCAUCGAUGAAAGCACUUGGACGAACACGACUAGUUUUCCUUUUUCGUCUUCAUCCGAUUCUWCGUCGUCAGCGCAACAGCAGUCUCAGAAGCAAAGGCAUGAAAUGGAGCAACCCUCCAUUUCCAUGCAUCACUUGAUGUUUGAGAGUGACCUGUUGGGCCCUAUUCCAGAUACGAGUGAUGAUUCCAGAGACAGGAAUGCGAAUGUAGCCAAGAAGACCAGCAAGUUGACUCUUGAUGGCCCCAGUGUGAUUGAUUUUUCUGCCCUCCCAGCACAAAAUUUUACAAAUCAUCUCAAAGCCCAUCAAGAGCAAGCAUCUCUUCUUGACAUUUAUGGGAACCAAGACAAAAAUGAGAGGAAAAAAGCUAUUCGCUUUUCGGAAAGCGAAGAAGCAUGCCCAGACUUAAUCGGAGACUAUCCUAGGCAUUCAGCAAAAGGUGAAUUAUAUGUCUUGGAUAUCUUCAACCAAUCUGAUGACUUAUAUAUGUACGAAGACGAAGACGAGGAAAGCUCUUUUGAUCACUUUUCUAAUGAAGUCGAGGACGACGACUCAGAAAAGAAGAUCGUAAAGGGGAUGCUCUAUACAUUGGGAGGUGUAGCAWURGUAGGUGCUGUAUCGGGUUUGWCUUCAUUAUUMUCUGGUGUCCGCAAGUCCAAGGACAAYGAAGGUGUUACAGAUGUUGCAACACAAGGASUAGACAAUGCUCAUGAUACAAUCARUGCACUCGAGUCAUCAACUAAUGCGAUGCAGAACUCGUCGAAUGCAUUGCAAGGUUCAUCAACCAAUGCUGUGCAGAGUUCAAGCRUGAUGCAGACUUCGUCUACAAACAUGGUGCAGAGCUCGUCAAGCGCAUUUCAGAGUUCUUCAACAGCACUACAGUCUUCAAGUGUUUCUUCAAGCACUACUUCUACCUCUGCUUCAUCAUCUCUGGCAUCUUCCAGUGCAUCAACAUCAGCUAGUACCUCUGCUUCAGCGUCCACAGCAUCGGCCUCCUCUGCUUCGACGGCAUCAGCAUCGACAGCAUCUGCUUCAACAGCAUCAUCCGCGGCAUCAUCUGCAGCAUCAUCUGCAGCAUCAUCUGCAGCAUCAUCUGCAGCGUCAUCCGCAGCGUCAUCCGCAGCGUCAUCCGCAGCUUCGACAGCAGCAUCAUCAGCAGCAUCAUCAGCAGCAUCAUCAGCAGCAUCAACCGCAGCAUCAACCGCAGCAUCAACCGCAGCAUCGUCGGCAGCAUCAACCGCAGCGUCUACGGCAGCAUCAACCGCAGCGUCUACGGCAGCAUCAACYGCAGCGUCCACGGCAGCAACUACAGCAGCAUCUACUGUAGCAUCAACCGCAGCAACCACGACAGCAGCGACCUCUACAGCAUCUGCAGCAAGCAUCGCAGCAUCAGCAUCCGGAGCUAGUGCUGCCGUAAGUGCUAGUAGUGCUGUCACUGCAUCUGCAGCUGUCGCAAGCCAGGCAGUAGCAGUAGCCGCACAGUAAGUCGCAAUGACAAGGAGUUUUGUAUUGAAUCAUCUUCGGUAGAAACAUGUUGCGCUAACUUGAAUUGAUAUUUUUCUACUUAUUUGUUCAAACUACCUCUCGUAGAGCCGCAGUAGUGCAGUCGUAAGUGCGAGUAAAAUGGUGAAAUCAAGACGCUCAUUGCUACUCUAAUCUGAAUCGAAUCAAUUUGUUUUCGUUUACUCCCUUUAYUUUAGUAUGGCCAUCAGCGCCGCCAGUACAGUAGGAGCUGCAUCAGCCGUCGCAGGGACAACAACAGUAGCAGCGGCGGCAGGUGUUGCAACAGCAUCGGCGGCGGCAGCAGCAACAGUAAGCACAACAACCACGGUGGUAAGUUAUGCAGAAGCAGGCUCCAAGUUGCAAUUUAUAGUKAUACCAAAGCAACAGUUAGCGCAACAUUUUCUUGUAAAUGUUCCUUUUCUCAUCAGCCUGUAUGAUAACUGGUUGCUUGCGAUUUGCUGAAUACUUCAACAUGCUUCAGGCUAUAACGACAGCAGCAAUAGGUACCGUUGCAGUGUCUGCUGGUGCAGUCGCUUCGAUGAUUGAAAAUCAAGUCAAUUGUCGCUCAGUUCCUUUUGAUGUCCAGGCCGGAAUAAARAUUUCGUUCAAUG